CUCUCCUAAUCAAUGGCACUGAAGUAGUGCAGUGGGGCUUUAAAGCGUAAUCAAUUAUUACCUUCUCUCAUUUUACAGGUGGUGGCAUUUUCUGGCAGCGGAGCCGAUUGGAGACAUUACUUCUGGGAUAACAUCACAGCCGUGAUCGUAGGAGAUGGGUUCGAUCCACAGAUGAUGUGCCACGCCCACUCCAAAGGAGUGAGGAUUGUUAUGAGGGGUGCAUGCUCCUUGGAGACUCUUUUCAAUGAGAGCGCCCGCACCGCCUGGGUCGAGCAAACUGUGCAGUCGGCUGUUGGCAACUUCACUGACGGAUUUAACAUAGAUUUUGAACAAUCUCUCCAGAAGUCGCAGGCUCAUUACCUGACAGACAUGGUCAGACAAAUCAAAGACGCGUUUAAGAAGGCCCUGCCGUACGCCCAAGUAACGCUUGAUUCUCCAUAUUCGGCGGAGUGUACGUUCGGGCGGUGCUACGACUACCGUGCCAUCGGCGAGAUCGUCGACUACAUCAUGAUCAUGGCCUACGAUGAACUCGUUGUCGAUGGCAGGGCUAUGGCCAAUGCACCACUCAAUAAAACAACCAAAGGUGUAGACGACUUCGUCAAAGCCGGUGUUCCCUCGAGCAAGCUUGUUCUUAUUGUUCCCUGGUAUGGGUAUGACUUCCCCUGUUCGAUGCUGACAGAGAGUGACGUUUGCCUCUAUAAACUGUCCACCCAGCGACAGAGCGCCUUUGGUGAUAUCAUGAAACUCCUGGAUAACAACUCUACGACAGGUCGAAAAUGGAGCGAAGCCGACCAGUCUCCAUAUUUUGAUUACAAGGUAACAUACAAAAAUGAGAAGGUUGUUUUAUUUUUUUAAAAUUAUCGUUUUU